UCCAAGGCAGCAGCUAUGACAGCUGAUGCCAGCCCUGAAAUCUCUAAGCAAAUAAGGUUCCCAGAAGGAUGGCAGCAUUUGCAUGCGAGUGUGUGAAAGCCCAGCCAAGUGGGCUGCCUCUGUUUGCAGCUCUGAGCCCCACACCCCCUAUUUAAACAAAGAUAGAUCCUGCUCCAGGAGCCGGGAAACCUUGCCCUGGCCAGCUGUGCUGGGCACCUCCCCUGCCUGCUUCCUGGCCCACUUGCAGGCAAGGCGAGGGCAUGCGAAUGGCUGCCACUGGCUGGGCGGGGCUCCAAGGGCCACCCCUCCCCACCCUCUGUCCCGCAGUGAGGCCAGGACUCUACUGCCGAGACCAGGCUCACGCUGAGAGGUGGGCCAUGACCUCCGAGACCUCUUCUGGAAGCCACUGUGCCAGGAGCAGGAUGCUGCGGCGCCGGGCCCAGGAAGAGGACAGCACCGUCCUGAUCGAUGUGAGCCCCCCUGAGGCAGAUAAGAGGGGCCCUUACGGGAGCACAGCCCACGCCUCGGAGCCAGGUGGACAGCAAGCGGCCGCCUGCAGAGCUGGGAGCCCUGCCAAGCCCCGGAUCGCAGACUUCGUCCUCGUUUGGGAGGAGGACCUGAAGCUAGACCGGCAGCAGGACAGUGCCUCCCGGGAUAGAACACACACGCACAGGACCUGGCGGGAGACUUUUCUGGAUAAUCUUCGUGCGGCUGGGCUGCAUGUAGACCAGCAGGACGUCCAGGACGGGAACACCACAGUGCACUACGCCCUCCUCAGCGCCUCGUGGGCUGUGCUGUGCUACUACGCCGAAGACCUGCGCCUGAAGCUGCCCUUGCAGGAGUUACCCAACCAGGCCUCCAACUGGUCAGCCGGCCUGCUGGCGUGGCUGGGCGUCCCCAACGUCCUGCUGGAGGUUGUGCCAGACGUGCCCCCCGAGUACUACUCCUGCCGGUUCAGAGUGAACAAGCUGCCACGCUUCCUCAGGAGUGACAACCAGGACACCUUCUUCACAAGCACCAAGAGGCACCAAAUUCUGUUUGAGAUCCUGGCCAAGACCCCGUACGGCCACGAGAAGAAAAACCUGCGUGGGAUCCACCAGCUGCUGGCAGAGGGUGUCCUCAGUGCUGCCUUCCCCCUGCAUGAAGGCCCCUUCAAGAUGCCCCCAGAGGGCCCGCAGGCUCCAUGCCUCAACCAGCGCCAAGUCCUUUUCCAGUACUGGGCGCGCUGGGGCAAGUGGAACAAGUACCAGCCCCUGGACCACGUGCGCAGGUACUUCGGGGAGAAGGUGGCCCUCUACUUCGCCUGGCUCGGGUUUUACACAGGCUGGCUCCUGCCAGCGGCACUGGUGGGCACACUGGUAUUCCUGGUGGGCUGCUUCCUGGUGUUCUCAGACAUACCCACGCAGGAACUGUGUGGCAGCAAGGACAGCUUCGAGAUGUGCCCACUUUGCCUCGACUGCCCUUUCUGGCUGCUCUCCAGCGCCUGUGCCCUGGCCCAGGCCGGUCGGCUGUUCGACCACGGCGGCACCGUCUUCUUCAGCUUGUUCAUCGCACUGUGGGCCGUGCUGCUCCUGGAGUACUGGAAGCGGAAGAGCGCCACGCUGGCCUACCGCUGGGACUGCUCCGACUACCAGGACAUUGAGGAGAGGCCUCGGCCCCAGUUUGCCGCCUCAGCCCCCAUGACAGCCCCGAACCCCAUCACGGGUGAGGACGAGCCCUACUUCCCUGAGAGGAGCCGCGCACGCCGCAUGCUGGCCGGCUCCGUGGUGAUCCUGGUGAUGGUGGCCGUGGUGGUCAUGUGCCUCGUGUCGAUCAUCCUGUACCGCGCCAUCAUGGCCGUCGUGGCGUCCAGGUCGGGCAACGCCCUCCUCGCAGCCUGGGCCUCUCGCAUCGCCAGCCUCACAGGGUCUGUGGUGAACCUCGUCUUCAUCCUCAUCCUCUCCAAGAUCUAUGUGUCCCUGGCCCACGUCCUGACACGAUGGGAAAUGCACCGCACCCAGACCAAGUUCGAGGACGCCUUCACCCUCAAGGUGUUCAUCUUCCAGUUCGUCAACUUCUACUCCUCACCCAUCUACAUUGCCUUCUUCAAGGGCAGGUUUGUGGGAUACCCAGGCAACUACCACACCUUAUUUGGAGUCCGCAACGAGGAGUGUGCAGCUGGAGGCUGCCUCAUCGAGCUGGCACAGGAGCUCCUGGUCAUCAUGGUGGGCAAGCAGGUCAUCAACAACAUGCAGGAGGUCCUCAUCCCGAAGCUAAAGGGCUGGUGGCAGAAGUUCCGGCUUUGCUCCAAGAAGAGGAAGGCGGGAGCUUCUGCAGGGGCUAGCCAGGGGCCCUGGGAGGCCGACUAUGAGCUUGUGCCCUGUGAGGGUCUGUUCGACGAGUACCUGGAAAUGGUGCUGCAGUUCGGCUUCGUCACCAUCUUCGUGGCCGCCUGUCCGCUCGCGCCGCUCUUCGCCCUGCUCAACAACUGGGUGGAGAUCCGCUUGGACGCGCGCAAGUUCGUCUGCGAGUACCGGCGCCCGGUGGCCGAGCGCGCCCAGGACAUCGGCAUCUGGUUCCACAUCCUGGCGGGCCUCACGCACCUGGCGGUCAUCAGCAACGCCUUCCUCCUGGCCUUCUCGUCCGACUUCCUGCCGCGCGCCUAUUACCGGUGGACCCGCGCCCACGACCUGCGCGGCUUCCUCAACUUCACGCUGGCGCGCGCCCCGCUCUCGUUCGCCGCCGCGCACAACCGCACGUGCAGGUAUCGGGCUUUCCGGGAUGACGAUGGACAUUAUUCCCAGACCUACUGGAAUCUUCUUGCCAUCCGCCUGGCCUUCGUCAUUGUGUUUGAGCAUGUGGUUUUCUCCGUCGGCCGGCUCCUGGACCUCCUGGUGCCUGACAUCCCAGAGUCUGUGGAGAUCAAAGUGAAGCGGGAGUACUACCUGGCUAAGCAGGCACUGGCCGAGAAUGAGGCUCUUUUUGGAACGAACAGAGCAAAGGAUGAGCAGCCCCAGGGCUCAGAGCUCAGCUCCCACUGGACAUCCUUCAGGGUUCCCAAGGCCAGCCACCUGCAGCAGUGACGCCUGGAAGGACAUCUGGUGGUCCUUAGGGGAGUGGCCCUGCUGUGGCCCUGCUGAGCCCUGUGAGCAGUGUCCUUUUCCU